GUUCGCACCAGGACCGGGUGAACGGGUUUGGUCCCAGUCUUUUACUUAAAACCACACAUCCAGACCGCCGAGACGCAAUCCCAGGUGAAACCCGACCAUAAACACUGACAGAUCGGCAACACUGGACGCAACCCAAACUCAAUCAGAUCGAGUAGAGAACGUUCGUCUCCGACAGCCACAUUACCGGACCAGCCAGACAGCCUCGGCAUCAAACGGGAAAAGCUCCGACGAAACCCCAAGAGAGGAGACAAAAACCCUCACGGACUAAUCUAAUUUUAAAAGGUCUAUUGGUAUUUAUUUGGUAUUUAUUAAAGAUUUUAAAAGGUUUGUUGUUUUUAUUUGGAAUUUAUUGAAGAAUUUAACAAUUUUUAUAAUAUAUAAGAAAGAUUAUAUUGGUUUGGUUGGGAAAAUGAUCAAACAUUGAACCGAACCAACUGUGAACACCUGUAAUUACAAAUCUCAAAUGGUAAAACAACUCUUUGUUAUGGGAAUAAUUAUUGCCAUCAAAUUGUUAAAACCCCCAAAUUUAGGACUUAAGUUCCAUAUUUAAUUAGGUGAAUAAGCCUGUAAGUUGAAAGAGCAAUGUCUUCCGCUCUCUUCCAAAAAAUGAGAGUUUCUGCAUCCUGAAUGGGAUUCGUCACUGGGUGUUCCUAUCCUCUGUUAGUCUUCUAACUUCAAUCGUUUUUCUUCUCCUUCAUUGUAUAUACCAUCACAUCUUUCAUUGCAUUCCAUAUCAUAUUUCUUCAUUUUCCCUUUUGGCAUCAAAACCCCAAAAAUAUUUUCUUUGUUGUUCCUUUUUUAACCUUCAUCAUAAACCCUAGAAUCCAAAUAUCAUGCUUUGAACCCCUGAUCCUUUCCCCAAGAGAGUAUCUUCAUCCUGAAGGCUUUGAUCAGGGUCAAUCAACAUUUGAUUGAAGUUAUACAAAGCUUCACUUCAAGUCGAUGAUCCACCCAACUUGUAUUGGCCUAUCAGAAAAGUAUAAAUCUUGGAGUUUUAGCCUAGGUGUCCUUCCCUUGGAAAUUUGGUGAACUGAAAAAGCUGGAUUGUGUAAAGGGAUACUGACAAUCUGGAUUCAUUCCUUGGUGUUCCAGGUUCUCUUUUGCUCUAUUUACCUGUUUCUGCAGAUGUUUAUGCGUUUUCAGUUUCAUAGAGGGAAAUUAUUUUCAGAAGAGUGUGUUAUCAAUUAACCAUGGAUUAGUAGCAAUCAGGAUAUUAUUUCAUGAGCCUGGGUUAAUUUCCUUGAGUUAUGCUGUUAGAAUUGUAAGUAUUUUGUCUAAGAUGCUGUUGGGAAUAUUUCUAUUCAUUAAGAAAAUGUGUUUGUGCAAUUUUUGACAUAGUUUCUUCAUGUUCAAAGUAUGGAUGCAAAUGAAUUUGUAUGAUCCUUUAGGGGCAGAUGUAUGUAUGAGAACCAUGUCUUGUUUUGGAUUCUCAAUCCCAGUAGCUCUUAUACUUAUGACUAGCAAGAUUGGGAAGGUUGUUUUGAAGGACUACAUUGAUGAUUAUGGACUCCUGGAGGAUAGUUUAAAUUAUGAGAUUGUUUGCAAUUUUGGUGAUUUAGGUUGUUCUUUUCGGAAAAGAAAAAAUAUAUGUUAUAUGGUCGAUUCUCUACUUGAUGAUGGCAAGGAGUUGUUUUAGGGCAAUUUGGAGUGGGUGUCUCAGCUGGGAGAGGUAUGGGUCCAUGGUAGCAAGAUCUUUAUCUUUCCAUGUCACCUUAUACUUACUCUGGUGGUCUUUCUUUUCCCCCAUUUUUUGUCAUAAGCAGAAACGGACUCCUUGUAUGCUACUGCUCCACUGUGAUCUCUCUGCCCCUGCUCAAUUUGGUUUUUCCUCUGUUUCACUAUAAUAUAAGGUCUCUCCUUGGAGGUGCUGUUUUGCUUUGCACAAUUAGCUAGUCUCAACUCCUUGGUUCCCCUCUAUGCUUCUGUAUUUCCUAUGACUAAAGAUGAAGCAGAUGAUAUGCUUUUCAAACAAGGCCUGUUAUUAAGAGGAUGUACAGCUUCUGGCAGGAGCUUCCCCGUCCUCGUCUCCUUUUUGCAGGAUUUCAUCAGGGUGUUUUGGUGUUUUGCUUUUGUUCCUGUUUUUUAAGUGCUAUUUUUCCUUUUGUAUGGGUCUUUUAUUUAGCUUAUAUAUAAGCAUGUUUGUUGGCCAACAAAAAAUAAAAAAGGGCCUGUAAGGUCAUAUGAAGAUAGAAGUCAUAUUUGGUUUGUGGCAAUAACCAUUUUAGUUUGUU